GCACGUAGAGGUAAGCUAGUUGAAAUUUUCCUUCCGUAGAUGUCGCUGCAUGUAUAAUUACUCAAUGCUGGGCUUUGAAAAAGUCAAACAGUGUUUCCAAAGCGAUGAGUGGUGUUUAUGAAGGAAAAGAGCGCCAAGCAGAAAUGGGAUUGUAUUUAACGAAAAUUAUGUGAUUGAUAAAAACCCGUUAAAGCUCAAUAAGGAAGAUGCAGAAAUACAAAAUGCUGAAGAAGAUCCUUUUAGAAAACUGGCAUCCGAAUGUCUUUGAGAAAAAUAGCAGUAUCCGAGUUGCUUCAUCAAUAACUGCAGGUACUAGAAUUGGCAGAGAUUCUCAUUGGGAAGAAGCAAAACCGUUUGAGGAAAUACCUCAUCUAACCAUGCUUCCAUUUAUAGGAACUGCUUGGGCUUUUCUGCCUAUAAUAGGUCGAUACAAAAUGGAUAAACUUCAUCUAGCUCUCCGCCAUAAAAGGCAAAUUCUUGGAGAUGUCAUAAGAGAUAAGUUUGGCUCUUUCAACGGGGUGAUAUCUUUUUGCCCUGAAGAUUUGGAAACUCUUUUCAAAUACGAAGGUCCUUAUCCAAACAGAAGUGAAAUUUUCUCCAUGAAAGCGUAUAGAGAAUCUAGGAAGGAAUGGUACAAGACUACUGGUCUCAUGAUUUUAUUUGGUAUCUUGCGCCUUAAAGUGAAAUCAAAUCCUGAAGGUUUAGUUUGGUUUCGUUUAUAUGAUUUAUGGCAAAGAGCGACGUCACAUACAGUCGGGUUUCUUCUGUACAAUUUGGCUAAGAAUCCAGAUAAACAGCAGAUUCUGUUUGAAGAAAUUUCUAAAUUGCUUCCAUCGAAGGAUCUCAAGAUAACGCAAAAUGUUUUCAAUGAAUUAAAAUACUUAAAAUCGUGCAUGAAGGAAUCACAGAGGAUGAAUCCAGUAAUAGGUGGUACUGGUCGGCAAUUAGAAACGGAUGUGGUGAUUUCUGGGUACCAGGUUCCUGCUGGGACGCUUAUCGCCGUCUCUUUCCAAGAAGUCUACAGAGAUGAAAAAUAUUUCAAAAACCCCGAAUCUUUUCAUCCUGAGAGAUGGCUAGAAAGAGAAGACAAGCAUUAUCGCUAUGCCUUCGUGCCUUUCGGUUUUGGAACUCGCAGCUGCAUUGGUAGAAGACUCGCAGAACUAGAAGUCAUUUGUAUCAUCGUAGAGAUAUUGCGGAAUUUUAAAGUGGAGUACCAUCAUGAAGAUAUUGAUAUACGGGUCAGAAUGAUCAAUAUUCCAGACAGACCAAUAAGGAUAAAUUUUGUAGAGCGAUGAUAAAGGUUCACCAAGAGAUCAAGUAGAAGAACUUUACAUUUAGAUAACUACCUUAUUUAAACCAAUGCUUAAUUUCAACUAAUGGCUAAUGGAACUCCAUUACAGCAUUGCUUAAUUUUUAAAUUGAUGUCAUAAAAUUUGCUUGGCAGAACGCAGCCGUUGGUUCAGACGAUUUUUGGUAUUCUCUACUCACUAUUCGAAUAAUUUAAUGUCUGAUAAUUGCAUAUUGUAUAAAAUGUCUGGGAUUUCUUAAUCACAGAAAUAUGUUUUAACAGAAAAUGCAAUUCGUUCAACAACAUUUUUUAACAAUAUCACUGGAUUAAAUAAUAAUAAUAAAGCAAUAAAAAUUUUAAAUAAAGUAGUGAUGAGGAAAAUUUGAUGGGGUUAGAUUAAAUAGUCUUCAAACUGUAAAUGAAUAUAAUAUAAAUUUCGAUCAUUGAAACAUACUCAUUAAAUUCAGCAAUAUUAUUAACUAAUUUUAGAUUCCAUAUAAAAUUUGAAGCAAAUUUUAAUCUUCAAUUAAUAUAAAAAUAAACAUUUAUCCUAACAUACUCACAUGAACAGUGAUCGUUAAAAGAAAUCAAUUGAUGUUUAAAAAAAUUGUUCUGUUUCCUCUGUAUUGGAUGGUUUUUUAGACUGUUUACUUGUUUUUAUACAUUUUAAUUUAUUGAUCAAUAUUUUAUUAAAAAAAUUUUGCAUUUUAAUCCAAUGUCAUAUUAUUCUGAUUAAUAUUUCGUUUCAUUAUCAUUUUUCUAGAAUAGGUUUCUAAAACAAGUUUGGCCGUCUGCGGGAGGUAGUCGCCACGAGAUAGAGUUCACUUUGUAAGCAAAGAAAAUUGAUUUAACUCAAAUCGUGCGUAAUUACCGAAAACAUUAAUGACUACAUUUUUUAAUGGUUAACUUAAAUUAAAAUUAAAAAUUAAUAACAUUUUUUAAUGGUCGACUCAAAAAUUUGCAAGAAAGUCAAAAUUAUACUUCUAUAUAGCAUUUUGUGUUUCUUCAAUUUCACUACCUGUUGGAAACAGCUGCAUAGGUACACUAAUAGCCUGGUUAUUGCUGUGUCCUAAGCUCAGAAGACUCCAUAAAAGUGGACUGUUUGUACGUCCGCCAGUACGCUGUGUCUGUAACAACUAUAUCCUCGAUUAGUCUGUUUUUCUAAAUGCAGUUAAUUAAAAACUGUAAUAUUUACUUAACUAUUUACAAGCAUGUGUAAUAGUUUUCUUUCCUGCCUUGCAUUCUGAUUUUCAUCAUGGCCUCUAAAUGCUUGCCCUAAUCGUCGUAAUAACUUUAUAGUAGAUAUAAUUCUUUUCAAAACUUUUUUUCUUUGCAAUAAAUCAAAAUCGAUCCUAUUUGAUAUAUUUUCUUAAAAUAAUUAAUGAACGUAUUUCAGUCGUAUGCUAAUAACGCUAGCCUUAGGAUUUUCGUGCCUAAUAACCCAAGUCUUUAUGCAAUAUACCUCAUUCUGAGUGGAACUGUUUUGAUUAAUGCUGGCGAACUGUAAAUUGUAAUAGUGUUCUCUUUUUCUAAUAUAGCGGAAUUUUGGGUUUCGUUAUAGAGAACAAUGAUAAUUAUUAACUAUAAACUGCUAUAAAUUUCUAUUUCACAAUAAUAUGAUUUUUCUGAUUAUGGAAAUGCAUGGAAGCCCUCAUGCUUUGUGGUGUAUUUUGGUACAUCUUACAGUAUGACCAUUCUUUUGAUAAUAUAUUAUUAUAAGAAAUAUAAUUGAAACUAAAGUCAGGAGAGAGUAGCAACGCAACACAAGGAGUCUCUCUUGCCCUUUGGUGGCCUCAAAAACUCGUCAUUCCACCUCAUAAAUUCAUAGGUGUUGCUUGCAUUUUUAAAACGCUCCUAUGUUUAACUGCGAUUAGCGGUUUUUUUUUUUUAAAUAGACUGUAUUGCGUUAAUUUAUUUAAUUGCAAUUGCCUAAAGCUUGCGUACGGUCUUCUUCGUUUGAUGUGUAUUGCACGUGCUCAUAUGUAUGGCUGCAUCCGCAUUCUAAAAGCGUGAAUAGUAUUUUUACAUCUUUCAACUUCCUAAGAGAUUGUGACAAAAUAACAUUCCGGACUUUAAAGCCCCGCAACAGGAAGCACAACGGCCUUUACAGCACACAUGAAACUGAGACCAUAUGUCAACUCUUUUGAGAGAAAAUUAGUAAGUGAAAUUUGAAAUUAAAUUCAGUUAGUCAUAGUUUUAUUUGGUUAAAAAAUUGUGGUCAGUCAGCUGCUGGUCGUGAAUUCAGUCCGCAUGCAGUUUGAAUUUGAGACCACUUCACUACUUAGCGGUCGCAGCAGGUAACUGUUGUAAAACUCCCCAUUUCUAUUAUUUAAGGCGUGAGGAAGAUUUAAUUUUUUACUUUGAUUCUACUUAUUUUUUUAUAUUUUAUUUCAUCAAUUUUUAUUUAUUAUAAUUUCUUAGUGCAAUCGGAGCCUCUGUAAAGUACAGACGAAGACAUUUAAGGCUCUCCGCGUAGCACAGAUUCCGAACCCGCUGUUUAGGUAGAAGUAGUAGUAGAUUUUUGGAGCAAAAUCUUGCAGAUUAUAUGCGUGGAACACAUGUCUGGCACUUUCCAACACACUAAGUAAAAGCACAUUUGUCAGAUAAAUACAUGCUUAAAACAACAGCAAAAAAUCAUAGGAACUGCUAAGAUUAUAAAUGCUGAGAUGAAACAUUUUAAUAAACUAACAUAAUGAUAUAUAAAAAAUGAAGUAAAAUUAGUAACAUGAUAUUCAUUAACAAAUAUAUGUUAUUAAAAUAACCGUACAACAUGAAAAUAAGAUUAAAUUACGUAACAGAAACCGCUGUGUAGGAAUAGUGAUGUAAUUUUGCUGCUACAGUCUGUCUCAUUGCAAUUCCCUCUGGCUGGAAUUACGUUUUCUCUCAAAAACUGAAAAAUAAUUGAGCAAGAUUUGGUUGAAUUUAUACAUUGCAAUUAGUAAGAAGAACCUCCAAAGUUUCAGUAUGUGAUGUUACGUCAUUUGUGAUAAGAUCGCUCGAACUGCGAUCUCUUAACAAUCAACAAAAUGAAGUCUUUGUGGCCUGCACGUGCUGCCAUCUAUUGGCUAUAAAGUGAAACAGCGAAUUUAUUUCCAGGAAAGUGGAUAUAAAGUAAGAUGAAUACACGGAAAUUUCAAUUAAUAUUAGAAGCAUAAAUCCGUUACAUUUUAUUGUUAGAUCAAAAUAGAAAUCAUUUGUUUGAAUCUAGUACUGAUGCUUUAGAUUUCGACUUGGGUGUUUUUACAUGCCUCCUAAAGAAACUUGUUUCAUCCUGCUAGCAUACUGCUGCCAAGGCAGUAAGGAAUAUAUUCUAUCUAUCGUAGCUUUAUCAAAUGACUGUAACAGCGUAUACGAUUCAUAAAUUCAGAAUCAUGAUUGCUAAAAUCAGUACUGAAUCUUUGACUGAUGCAUCAACUUCAAGUAGAACUGAAUUCCAGAUGAUGUAUUGCUUAUAAUUCACCGCAUUUGUUCUGGAAUACCUACACCCGAAGGAAAUAAAACGAACUCUUCGCAAGAAAAGACGAUCCACGGUUUCUGACGAUUUUAUGCGUUUAUGCAACCUUAGAGCAGCUGUUUCCAAACUGUGCCCCGCGGAGUUCUCCGCGGCUGCUCCAGGAAAAUAAAAUAAAUAAAAACUAUACUUGAUAUUAAAGAUUUAGAAAUAGAAAAUAAAAUCAAAAUGGAAAAAAGAAACUAGAAAUUAUACUCUGAACGGGAAUUUGCAAAACACAAUUUCUCAUUUCCUCUAGCAGCCAAUCCGUCGUUUAGUAGAUGCACGAUGUUAUCUCGUUGUUUAUAACGUGAAACACAUAAAAACAAACGUUUUGAAUGCCAUAACACUUUCUCCAUCGUCUCGUUGGAAUCGUAAGUCGUUGAAAUCAUCAGUUGCACGACUGUUGCGACCGCCUUAAUCUGUAUAAUAGUUAGCUGUACAAGUCUACCGCAUCACAUUAGGCCUAGGUUAGAAUCCUGGACAGUUGUGGAUGCUUUUAAGUGUGUAGUGUCUGUACAGCAUGAAGGCACUUAAAUACUGGUCAGCCGAAAGUCCUGUCGAGUGGUUUGGUGGGUGAAAAAGAAGGGUGCGUAAGUCUGGGACCAUUCCCUGGUGUGAUUUCGUUCAUUACUCGGGUGGAACUUUACCGGUAUAACGACUAAUGGUGCAAUUUUAAGUGACUCACCCAUUUUUACUUACACCUGUUGCCUGUUGCGCUAGAAUUCGAAGUCUUUUGUAAGAUAAUAUUUGAUCUGAUUUAUAUUUCUUUUAUUUCGACUAAUUUGACAUUUUCUCAUGGAUAAAUCAAAUAUAAGAUGUAUAUUUUAACAAAUAUUUAACAUUUUGUACACAAUAAUAAAAUGUUUGAAUUAUAGUGUA